CACACACACACACACACACUCUCUCUCUCUCUCUCUUAAUAAUGAUGACAAUAGCGCUGCAACAACAAUAACUACCUUUUUAUGCAGGAGGGGCUACUGGCCAAGGGCAACAGAAAAAAAAGGCCCACUAGGUUGCCAGUUCCUAUAAAAGUCAAGUGAGUUAUCCAACAUUCAGGGACAAAUGUCUUGAAAUCUCCCUCUUAAAAGUCGUAAGAUGGAAAUACAGAAGCAGGCAGGGAGUUCCGGAGUUUUACCAGAGAAAGGUAUAAAUGAUUGAGAAUACUGGUUAACUCUUGCAUCAGCGAGUUGGGCAGAAUAGGGAUGGGAGGAAGAAGAAAGCCUUGUGCAGCUACUGCUGCUGCUAAGAUAAGACAGAUAAGAAGGUGGAUAUGAAUCGUAAAACUAGUUGAGCUGGAGAUAUUUUGAUAUUUUGAAAAUUAGUUUAAAUAUUUAUCACGUCAUAAAAUGUCAUGCAUUCCGCUGUGGCUUCGUUUGUUCUAAAAUUCGUUUUUUUAAUUAAAUUAUUUCCGUAAUUUAGCCGAGUCAUCCCUGUUCUCGUUCUCUCUGAUGAUCGCAGCCCAGGUGGUGACUCAUUAUAUCCUCGGGCUGGCGCCUCUUUUCCAACUCCGCAGUUCUUCAAUAUUUUGCCUAAUAUCUAAUAAUUUCUAUGUGUUUUCGAGUGUUUUUAGGUUCAUGUGUGUAGAUAUUAGUAGCAGAAAGAGAAAGAAAGGAGAAAUAAAGGAGGAUAAGGAAGGAAUGAGAAAACGAAUAGGAAGAAGAGGAGCAACCAAUCCAAGAAGGAGAAACAAGGGAGAAGGAUGAAGAAGAAAUGGGAAAUAGAGGCGGAAUAGGAGACAAGGUAUAAUAUUUAGGUUCAUGUGUGUAGAUACCAGUAGGAGAAAGAGGAAGAAAGGAGAAAUAAAGGAAGAUAAGGAAGAAGGAAGGAGAAAACGAAGAGGAAGAGGAGCAGCAACCAAUCCACAAUACUUAAGUCACCCUCUAUUUCCUCAAUAUUCUAUUCUUAAUAUUUAGCGUUUUAAUGUGUUUCAAGUCUUAGACGUGUAGAUAGAAGCAAUAAAAGGAAGAAGGAGAAACAAAGGAGAAAGACGAAGAAGAAAUGGAAAAUAAAGGCGGAAUAGGAGAAGGAGACAAGGUGUAAUAUUUAGAUGAUCACUGGAGAGGAAAAGAGGAAGCACACAGGAGUAGAAUAUUGUCCCACAUUGGCCACUGAAUGUCAGGAUGAGGGCUGUUCUUCUGGCUGCUGGCUACGGCACUAGGUUGAAACGUGAUCUGCAAAAUGAUACAAGUGGACAGUUCAGUCACCUGGUAGGGACGCCCAAGCCUCUUCUUCCCAUCGGGGGACUGCCACUUAUCUCACACUGGAUCAAAGCGUUCGACCAAGUUCCCGAGAUAACAAGUGUUGUGGUUGUCACAAAUGAUCUUCAUAAGCCACUGUACCAGGCAUGGGCAGAUGGGCUGACCCGGCAUGUGAGGAUUGUGAGUGAUGGAUCAAGGAGCAAUGAGGAGCGAAGUGGAGCUGUAGCCUGUAUGGGGAUUGGCUCUGCAGGAAGUCAGGAGGAUAUUCUAUUUGUAGCCGGAGACACAUUACUUCCAAAUGAUUUUUCCCUUAAGACACUGGUAAGCAAGUUUGAAGCCUUGUAUGACCUUGAAAAGGAGGCUUGCCUUGUUCUCAGUGCUCCAGUUUCAGAGGAAAAUGUAUCUAAGCAUGGCAUCAUUAAAGUGGAAGAGAGUAAUAGAGUGUCACAGUUUAUGGAGAAGCCACAGCCCCAGGACACCACCUCCAGGCUGCAGUGCCCCUGUGUGUACCUCAUGUCCUCAGAAAGCCUACACCACCUUCAGAACUUUUUAGAGGAAAAUCGCAAUGCCCCAUUGAGCUGCCGUGAUGCAACUGGCAUGUUUAUUGGCAGUCUGAUCCAUCAGGCACCUGUGUUUGCCCACCACGUCACUCAUCGCUAUGAUGUGGGCGGCCUCCAGUCAUACCUGCAGUGCUGUCAAGACUUUCAGACAUUGUGAUCUUCGUGAAACUGUGACUUAUUUGUGAAAGUAGGUUUGUACUGUACACACUACAUGUUGGGUUUAUUACAGUGAGUUUUUGGCAGAUUAUCAUUGUUAACUUGGGGCAAUAGAAAACGGGCCCAGCAGACAUCUCUACUGAAUAUAACAAGUUUUAAGCCACAAACUCAACAUAAUCAUCAUGUAUAUACCAGAACAUACAGAAUUACCCUCUUUUCCCCGUGGGAAUGAAUCUGAUUUUGAAGAUGACAGUGAUGAUCUCUCAGAAGAAUUUGAAGAUGAAGAUGAGUACAAUGAAAAUGAAUCCAAAGAAAUUAAUAGUGGCUGGAGAUUCAUUUCUGAUCUAUUCAGUGAUAUGCGUGAAAACCCAUUGCCAGAAUAUUUGGGUGGCGACUGUGGGUUAAGUGAAACUCACAAAGACCAAUUUACAACUCCUGGCAAUGCAUUCAAGCAGUUUUUUGACAAGGAAGUUGUGGAAAAGUUGUGUGUUUGGGCAAACAAACGAGCUGAAUUGUUUUUUGCUCAGUAUCCUGAUAAAAAGGGUAGAAUAAAUUCCAUAAAGUGGAAGGAGGUUCAGGAAAAAGAUAUGUAUUCUUUUUUAGCCCUGGUGAUUACAAUGGGCCUAGUGAAGCUGCCAAGAAUAGCACAAUAUUGGAGAAGAGACUGGGUAAUGAGUGGACCACCUGUAUUUUGCAAGGAAAUCAUGAGCAGAGACAGAUUUUUCAGCAUUCUGAAAUUCUUGCGGUUUUCACCUCCAGAAAAUGUGAAGAAAGAUGACCCACGAACAAGAAUUGAACCCUUCCUCUCAUUGCUCCGCGAGAAGUGCAAGGCAGUAAUUUCACCAGGCAAGCACGUGGCUGUCGAUGAGGCUUUAGUAAUUUGGAAUGGAAGAUUAGGGUUCCGCCAAUACAUCAAAACCAAGAGAGCCAAGUAUGGAAUCAAAGUGUUUGUGUUGUGCCCCUGUGACCCUAAUUGGCAAGGAUAUUCUUGGAAUUAUGAAGUAUAUUAUGGAAAAAACUUGUAUCAAUUGGAUGAUCCAAGAGUAAACAGCCUCUCAAAAUUUGAAAAAAUUGUUGUCUCUCUGAUGAGGCAGCUGCUUGAUGAGGGACGCCACAUUGUCACGGACAAGUGGUAUACAAGCCUAAGGCUGGCACACUACCUAGAGGAGAGAAACACCACCAUUACUGGUGUAGUGCGAAACGGAAAAGGACCACCAAAAGAUAUCGUCCAAUUCCCCCUAGAAAAACGACAGUCCAUUUUUGCAAGAAAGAGGAAUGUUCUGGUUGUAAGGUGGGAAGACAAGGAAAACAUCACAGUCUUGACCACGAAGUACAAUGCUAGUAUGGUGGAAAAGGAGAGGGAGUAUUUUUCCAACCGGAUAGUGUUCCGAAACAAACCUCUUCACAUUGAAAGAUACAAUAAAAAAAUGGGAAGUAUUGAUAAGGCUGACCAGCAUCUUGAGCCAUGUGACAUAAAUUAUAAGAGCUUCAUUUGGUUCAAGAAACUUGGAAUGCAUUUCAUUUUCAGAAGUGCCCUAAAUGCAUAUGUUGCAUGGAAAAACACAUCCAACAAGAAAACUGGUUUCAUUGAAUUCCUGGAGUCUGUUGUGAAGGAUCUUCUGCGGGAGUAUGACCAAGGAUCCAACAAAUUUUUAAAAGAGCAGGAAUCUCUCGCCUCCGAUACUCACCAGUUUAUUAGGUGGGAAAAAAUUGGUAAGCGGAAAAAAUGUAGGGUGUGUUAUCCAAAAAGAAGAGACACUGUCUAUUUCUGCCCAGCUUGUCCUGGGGAACCUGGAUUGUGUUCUAUGACACACUACAAUCAGUAUCACGGAAUAAAGAGUACAUCAAGCAGCAAGAUGACAGAAGAAGGCUCAGAAGGUCCAACAGUGACAGCAGGCAGUGACAACCCUUCUGAGCACAAUGAUGAGCCAACUCCAAGCACCAGUGAUGAUAGAGGAGAUGGAAGCAAAAAGAGGUGUAAAAAAGCAAGAAAAAACAAAAAUGUAAAGAGGAGGAAGCAGUAUCCUGAUGAGAGUGGUUUAUAAUUUGAGGAUGAGGAAACGGUCCAUCUGUGGCUAAAAUAGACACUCAUAGCAAUGAAAAUUGCAAACAAUAACCCUCCAGUCUCUCUCUCUCUCUCUCUCUCUCUCUCUCUCUCUCUCUCUCUCUCUCUCUCUCUCUCUCUCUCUCUCUCUCCUCGUAUUGAAGGGGUUUAAGUCUGAUCUAUUGUAUAUAAUUGUAUUCAUUGUGUUUUUUGAUCAGCUGUAUUUUAUUAUUAAACAUAAAAGUUUACUUCAUAGGAGUGUGACAGUAUCAUACACAAUAUGUAUGUAUGUUUGUGUUACACCAGUUCUUUAUAGCUGGAGAUGGCUGUGAAAGAGUUCCACCAGCAGACUUCUUUGUGCAAUGUAACCACACAAAAAAAAAAUAAAUAAAAUGAAAUAAGAA